AUGGCCAUUAAGCUUCAUUCAUCGCAGCUGUUUAUUGGGGCAAGAGAACUUCGGCUGACAUGUGAAUUGAGAAUAGUGCUUUGUACUUCUGGCAACAAGCUUGCUCGACUACAUUCAGACAAAAAUGCCAAAUGUCCGUUCGCUCACCUUCGAGAGGGACAUGUUCUAGGCCUUAUUUAUAGAGGUGAUGAUGCCACGCCUACUGGAGGGUUGAGUCCGAUUCCGUCAAGCGCGCGUUCACUUUCGCCCAUGGACCGUUCCGGAGCCGGCUCUGUUGAUAGCAGGAGACGCCAGUCCACGUCGUCAGUACCCAACAACGUGAUACCACUUCGUCUUGCCGACCCCAACAAUAAUGGCUCUGGGGAGAAUGGGGGUGGCUUCGAGAAGGGCUCGGAAGCACCUCGCUACUUUCCAAUGCAAAGUAUGUCCAAAGCGCUUUACCGGGGCAUACAACCUGCGCUCAUUGGUACGGCUCAUCAAAUUCUGGUCCAGCCCGGCACUCCGGUGCAUUUCAAACAUGCAUGUUAG